UUUUGUGUACGGAUCUUUUUCUUAGAAUUCUUCUUUUAUUGGUAUUAAAAGAAUAUUGAAAAAUACUUUAUAGAAUUUUUGUCUUAAAUUCUCAAUAGAAAUUCAAGAAAGCGGAAAAAGAAACGAGAAAAAAAAUGAUGAAAUUUUUAUUGUCUUUAUUUUUUAUAUCUUCAAUAUAUUUAUUAGAAAUUAACGCAAAAACAGAAAAAUGCAAUGAAGCUCAUGCAUAUAAUGAUGGUCCAUGCAGAGCCAACGUACCGUUGUGGACAUUUAAUUUGAGAACAAAUGAAUGUGAAAAAUUCAAAUAUCAUGGCUGUGGCGGUAAUCGUAAUAAAUUUGCAUCGAGGGAGGAAUGCGAAAAGGAAUUACCAAAUCGAUUAUUAUUUCCACGGCAUCCACCAUAUCGAAAUUCUUUGCAUUCAUCUGUUAAAAUGGAAAUUAUUAAUAAAAUAAUAAUUUUUACAAUUAUAUUAAAUUGUAUUAAUGAAAUAAAUACAAAUGAAAUAUCUGGAUUUACACCUAGAACUGAAGAAUUACAGCAAUGGCGUGAAGAAUAUUGCAAUUUACCAAAAGAAGAAGGUAAUUGUGUCUUUUAUUAUAUGCCAUCAUAUUAUUAUAAUAAAGGCAGUGGAACUUGUGAAGAGUUUGCUUAUGGUGGAUGUAAUGGAAAUCGUAAUCGUUUCCCAUCAAAAGAAAUUUGUGAAAAAACUUGUGAUCAAAAUGCAAUAAGCUAUAGGCUUUCAAAUUCAAUUUAAAAUUUUGUUUUUAAAUUAUAGUUUAUGAUAAAAAGUAUUUAUAUAUAUAUAUAUAUAUAUAUUGAUAUAUUGAUAUAUAUAUAUAUAUCUCUAUAUAUAUAUAUAUAUAUAUAUCAAUAUAUAUAUCAAUAUAUACAUAUAUAUAUAUUGAUAAAACGUAAUUGUUGUAUAUGAAUAUAUUAAGAAGGCGUAAUGACCUUGCUUUUGUGAAAUCAA